UAGUGUGAUUCUCUAGCAGCGAGAGCUAAAACGGUCACCAUCACCACCAAACGCUGAUUUCACAGAAGUCAUUAGUUAGUUACCAGUGAUUUGACACACAGUUUGAACACAACAAGCACCAAAAUGAGAGAGAAAUAGAAAAAUUAUCAACUGCUUUGAAUAAACUCUUGUCGGAGGACUACUUUUUUUUCCUGAGGGAAAAUCUUUGCUGAGGUUGGUCAACAUAUCUAUUGUCUGUUGUUAAAUGUUAGCUAGCUAAGUUAGCCAGCAGAGAGAGAGAGAGAGGGAGUUAGCAGCAGACUUCAUGUGUUUAUUUUCAUUAUUGGCCUCUGCGUUGUCGAGGCUGGUAUUAACCGUGCAUGUCUAGCGGAUAUCGCUCACGGGAGGUCGUAACUGUUCGCGGUUUGCUGGUUCCAGAGAAAGCAGCAAACGCCAUGUCAGAGGCUAGCUGGCUAAUAACAGCCUCUCCUCUGAGGCACGGGUGUCCGCUGACCGGAGCCUGGAGCCCGGAGCCCGGUCACCUCCUCCGCCUCACGACCGAGACAUCUCACACAGAGGACACUCACUGUGGUCUCCAAAUGCAGGGCGUGUUUGCACCGACUGUUAAAGGGCUUUUUGCAUGACACCUAAAAAUACCAACAGGUUAGUCAGUAAGGCUGCUGUCUGAAACAGCUUCAUGUGAGAUGUCAAAGAAUGACACCGAGCUAAAGCUCCGGAGAAAACUGGCUUCAGCUCAGAUGUUUGUUAGGAGGAAAACCUCGAGACAGUCAGGAAUAGACCCUCUGAGAAAACCUUAAAUACAGAAUAAUUAUUGUUAAUGUUAUUAUUAUCACUGCAAAGGAAAAGGAACUGAUAAAUGACCUGUGUGUAUAUAUAACCCCCUAAAAAUAUAUUAAAAUACAAAGAUAAAGCAUCAGUCUGGUAAUAAUGAUAAUAUCAACAAUAGAGAGUAAAAGAAAAAAAUGAAAAUGGGUUCAUAAUUUUCUCUAUUGUACAUUCCUGCUUUAAAUGUAAACUAUUUAUGUAUUCCUUAUUUUCACACGCUUUUGCAUUAUCUAGAGCAGCUAAAGAGAGUCAGGGGAGGCGUGCAGCAAAGGGUUGUAACCCGGAACUGACCAAAUGACCACUGCAACAAGGACUGUACCCUCUUUCUGUGGGAUCCUUAGACCAGUAGAGAUAUUCCGGCGUAAAUUAAUUUAGGGUCAAACACACCAUAACACUGAGAUAGACACCCUGUCAAGACAUGAAUGUUGCCGACCACUUGCUUCUCAAGUUGUAACGGCCACACGAUAGCAAUACAGAGAGCCACGCGAUCAACCAAAACGCCACUCUAUAGCCACAAAUAAUGUUCAGAACAGAGCCUAACUUCAUUAACAGGACAUAUAGGGUCACAGCCAUCGUGCUAGACACAAACAUCUUUUUAGCUUUGCCUGAUUUCUUUAGCAAAGAGACUAAACAUAACUCACCUACUCUCUUCCAGCAGCCGCUUGUUUUAGCGAGACCUCCAGGCGAGUCCAUGGACUGCAGUGGAGUUUCGCAGCUCAAGGAAGAACAUUUAUGAUCAUUUCUUCAUGGAAAUGCAGUCAGAACGAGACGCUGAGGCAGAAGAACUACAGCGUCUGCAGAGCAAAAUGAUUAUUAUGAUGAUUAUUCAAAGGAAAUUAUACAUUAAUGAUCAUAAAUGUUCUUUCUUGAGCUGUGUCACCCCACUGUAGUCUGUAAUGGACUGGCCUGAGGUCUGACUACAAACAAGUGGCUGCUGGAAGAGAGUGGGUGAGUUGUGUUUAGUAUCUUUGCUAAAGAAAUUAGUCAAAGUUAAAAAGAUUUUGGUGGCUAGUACUAUGGCUGUGACCCUGUAUGUCCUGUUGAUGAAGUUAGGUGCUGUUCUGAGCAUUAUUUGUGGCUAUAGAGUGGCAUUUUGGUUGAACGCGUGGCUCUCUCUAUUGCCAUCGUGUGGUCGUUACUUAAGUUGGUAAAACUAGAGAAGCAAGCAGUCGGCAACAUUCGUCUCUCAAGGGGGUGUCUAACUCUGUGUUACGGUGUGUUUGACCCUAACUUCAUCUUAUGCCGGAAUAUCCCUUUAGAAGCACAAGAGUAAGUUCCCAGUGCAACAUAAUCUUUGAGAUCCAAAAGGUCUCCAGGAUGCACAGAUGGAGGUGCUUUUGUGCAGCUAACCCCAAAGAACUUAUCCUCCAAAGAGCUUUAAGAUCUGGAGGCAGAAAUCUGUUGAAUGCGUUUCGAGGUGAAAACAUCGAUCAUAACUUGAAUCUCACGUUGAAUCUUAAAAUACCCGAAACAGUUUGACUGUAAAUACACGUACACUAACAAUCACAGGCAGCUGGGUGUUACAGGUGCUUAAACCUCACUGAGGGAACCCCAAAUAGGAAAUCUUGGAUGAGCUCAUGACUAAAGUAGAAUUAAAUUGCAUUAGAUUUCAUAAGCCUUAUGAUGUUUAAUAUAAUGAGUGUUUCAAUCCAAAGUCAUUCAUCAGAGUGUGACAGCAGUUAUGUAAUAAGACUAAUAUUGACACAUCAAUCCUUAUCAGACACACUGUAAAUAUCGAACCACUAAGACUCUUGACUCAGUAGGUCGUGUCAUCAUUUGCUGCAGUGUGAUUAGGAACUUUUAUAUCGAGGUUUUGUAUUAAAUCAUCUUCUUUGUGUAAUUGUCAAAUUUCUGUGUUAUUCCAUUAAGACUCACAUUGGUUUUGAUUUUUUUGUUACCUCCACCAGGCUGCAUAUUUGAGAGAUGGGCUCUGAAAACCCAGAGGACUAUGGACCAGCUGGGAUCCUCGCUGAAGAAGAUCCACAAGAAAUUGGAGGCCUGAUCAACUCUGAUGGAGAGGAAGUUGACUUCUCAGAUCUCAGUGAGUAUAUGAAGUUAUUAUUUUGCGAUGUGCUCGAGAAUAGGAGUCGUGUCUUCGAUAGCUGAUGAUGUGAAACUUCAGGACCAUCAGGGUUGAGUUUUGUGUUUGGUGGUGGAGCUCAGAGGAUAAAAAGAAAAUCAUUGGUAACCCUUUCUUUUACGGUACACUUAUUACCAGCUAAUUAACAGGUAAUUACCUAGUAACAACAUGAAAUUAUCUGGUAAUUACAUGAUAACUACUAAGUCAAUACUGUCUAGUUUUUCCUUUUUUCUUUUUUCUGUGGAGCUCCAUUUUCAAAAGCUAUUUAGGGUUCUUAUUUUCUAUGAUUGACACUUGAUACAGUCUAUGGGCGUGCGAAGAUUGAGUAGCGAUACGCUGUUUGAGCCGAUCGUUAUCACAGCGACUCACCCGCCGAAUGCUACUGCGCAAGAAGUGGUUCCAGGAAGCGGAGAAAAUCCUGGAAGUACCAGAGCAAUUUGGCUUCAAAUUUGUAUGAUGAUGGAAGAUUACCUACCUGGUAGCUAGACAGUAUUGACUUAGUAGCUAUCAUGUAAUUACCAGAUAAUUUCAUGUUGUUACUUGGUAAUUACCUGUUAAUUACCUAAUGAGUGUAUCAUAAAAUAAAGCAUCACCAAAUCAUUUGUUACAUUUGAUCAAAACUUAUGCAGUAGAUUUGAGUUCCUGUUGGUGCAUGAAGGUGACGCUGAUAUUUUUGACAACCUCUAUGAUAGUUGAAGAAUUGGUUUGAGUCAUUGAGUCACAGGUUUUUGCGAAAGCCACACAGUUUGAUAACUAUCAGCAUCCUUGUUGGUUUGUGUCUAAGUUUUAAAAACUGAAGAAAUUUUCUUUUCUUUCUGCUCACACAGGAGAUAGAGCUAUUCCAGGCGUGCAGCCUUCUGAAGCCCCCUCAAAGACAUUUGUUCAAAGGGAAAAUGAGAAACCCCCGUCGCUGCACAGCUGCUCAGUGUGCGGUAAAGACUUCCCAUACGCCUCCAAACUGCAGCGCCACCUACGGACUCACUCAGGAGAGAGGCCUUUCCCCUGCUCCAUGUGCGAGAAGAGAUUCCCUGAGAAGGGGCUGCUGAUGAUACACGAAAGGGUCCAUACUGGAGAAAAGCCGUUCCCGUGCACUUUCUGCGAGAAACGAUUUGCCAGUCAGGGGGAGCUGAGGCUACAUCGGCGAACGCACACUGGCGAGAGGCCGUAUCACUGCUCCAUCUGUCUAAAGAGCUUCUCCCGACACUGGCAUCUGAAGACUCACUUAGAGGCGAUGCACUGCGAGGUCGUUGCGGGCUUCGUGAGGAAGAAGUUUCCGUGUUCAGACUGUGAAAAAAGCUGCAACUCAGCCGCUGAGCUGAGAGAUCAUCAGAGGACUCACACUGGAGAGAGACCCUACCAGUGCUCUUUCUGUGAGAAAAGGUUCGCCCUGUCAGGAACACUUGUAAGACACGAGCGGCUCCACACCGGCAUCACGCCCUACCACUGCUCCGACUGUGGGAAGACUUUUGCUCAGCAGUGGACUCUGACUACUCACAUGCGGACUCACACCGGGGAAAAACCGUACAGCUGCACUCAGUGCGAUAAGUCUUUCGUAGCUCCCGGAGAGCUGAGAAGGCACACCAGGAUUCACACUGGAGAGAAGCCGUACACCUGCGCAGACUGUGGGAGGCAUUUCUCACUGGCAGGAACUCUGAGAAACCACAAAAGAUCGUGUACACAGAACAAGAAUGAGUCUGUAACAGGUGACAUGGCAGACCAAGUGCCAGCUGCUGAAGGAGAAUCAUCCCAGCCGGUGCCAGACGACCCAAACAGCUCUGAGGUAACAAAGCACAUGAAUAUAUAAGUGCGCUUUUUCUUCGUCCAAGUUUGACAUGUGAAAACUGAACAGAGUGAGCCCUCAAUGUCAGUCAUCAGGAUCUCUGACUGCAGUUAAUUUUAGUUCUUCAGCCACGCCUGUGUGUGCAUCCGAAAGUGGAAAAGAAAACACUCACUACCAGAGAAGAGAUGACGCUGUGAGGCUUACUGGUAUGAUGGAGCUCCACUUUAGAAGGUGUCAUGGUCGCUGCCAGAGUUAUAGAUGAUAAGACCACGAGAAAGACAAGUUCAACAUCACUGACAUUUAGAGAUCUGUGUGUCAAGUUUGUGUGGUUUUGCUUUUCCCUGAAAUCCAGCUGUCAGGUAGAGUGCAUUUGCAAACCCAAACUUGUCACAUUUACUUACUUUAGUUUAGCGAGGCCUUACAAACUGUCUUUUCAGCUGGUAGUUGCAGCUAAACCCUGUGCUGUAUAUGCUUUUAUGAACCCAAAACCGCUCAAACGGUCCGAAAGUUGGUUUGUUUACAACAUGCAGAGCUGCCAGACUAAAGGCACUGAAACACAUAAUAUGAAUGGCCUUUGUUUAUUCUGAGAUCGGGUAAGCUAACCCAGACAAAGUUGGUAGAUUAUAUUAUGAUAGACUGUCAAUUAGGUGAUUUAAAAAAGGGGGCAGGGGCUCUGACGAUAAGUGCUCAUUUUCAAAACUAAAGUUGAAACUUUGAGUUUUGUGAAUUGUUUUCAUGUUUCUAACCCCAGGAUCAAAGUUCCUCUGAUUUAUAGAUUUGAAUUUGGGUUCCUCUAUUGCAGGGUUGUCAAACUCAACCACAGCAAGGGCUAUAAUCUGGAUUUAGGUCUAACCUGAGGGCCGAACAGGGUCAACAUCUCACCAAAACCGUCAACCUCCUUUUGAAAAAAAUAUGUAACAAAAACAGCAAUGAUUAUAAAUCAUUUGGAAAUUCAAAAAAAAAAGAUAAAAAGAAAAGUUUAAAGGCAAACUGAGAUAGAAAAGUUUUAUUUUUUUUAUUCUUUUUUUAUUUAUUAGUUUAGAAGAUCAGAGCAUGAUAUUAAAAAUAGAAAAAUAAUGCAUUUAAAGAGCAAAUACAUGAGAAGAAAGUUGAAAUCUGGUUUAAAAGGUCAAAAUAUGACUUAAAAUUUUAAAUUGGAAUCUAAAGUAUAAAAUGACACAAGUCUAAAUACUGAGUUUAACAAAAUCAAAGCAUGAAAUCAAAAAUCCAAUCAUGUUUGACUUGUAAUCUUGAGAUGCAAAAUUAAAAACAUGAAUUUAAACACCAAAUAUUUUUCCUCCACAUUCUUGACUAUUUAUCAAAUCUUCCUUACUCUUUAAUUUCUCAGAUUUUCAUGGUUUAUUAAGGACAUUUUAAAUAAUGGUGCUAAAAUUUAUAUUAUUAUCCUGGAGGAAAUCUGCAGACUUUAUUCUGGUGGGCCAAUAAUAAUACAAAUAUGAUUUGAUCUUGUGGGCCACAGAUUUGGCUCCCUGGCCUUGAGUUUGACACCUGUGCUCUAUUGUUUCCCACAUUUGCUCUUCUUUUUAUUAUUUUGAAGGUACCUGACAGUCAGAGUUUUCCUUGCGUGGCCGAGUCUCACUCCCAAGAGGAUCUCAACUGUGACAGGACGACUGAGAGCGAAGAUAACCUGAAAGAAGCAGAAGACCAACCGGAUGUCACCUCCAGUCCACAUAUGAAUGUAAUAGUGAAGGAAGAGGAAGAAGAGGAACCUUUAUGUGGUCUGUAUACACCAAUCCCAUUUUAAAAGAAGCAAUUUGAUGAUUGAAUGUUUCUCAGUUGCUGAAUGUGUUUUCCUCAGCAGGUGAGGCUCCUGAUCAGGGUUCUAGUCAACACUGCACCACGGAGGAUGAGGAGGAGGAGGAGAAGGAAGAGCAGCAGCAGGAAAGUAGCACAGACAUGAGGAUAACGGUGAAGGAGGAGGAAGAAGAACCUGUGAACAGUAAGGAGAUGAUUUUACGAAACUCAUGAACUCACAAAACUUCAUCUGCUUCUGUGUCUCAGGUCUAUAAACGGCUGCCAAAGUACAUUUGCUGAAUAACUGAAACAUACAUCAUAAACCAGUCAAAAACAACUAUGUGAGCUGUGAUGGACAGAUUAGUUGACUCUCUCUCUCCGCAUCGGUGAAACUGGGACUGCUCCUGUUUGUUGAAGACUUACCCACACUGUUGUCUGAACAGCUUAGAUGUCACACUGAUGUCAUUUGAGGUCAAAUUUUACACAUUAUUUCAGUCCUUCAGCUGCUGUGCACAGUCUGGUCUGUGUGUGUGUGUGAAGAAGGAAAACAAAACAGUCAGUAACAUAAAUGUCACCCCAGUGGAUGUUGGAAAUGUCAGGGAAGGUACCUGUUCAUGGAUGAAUUUUAUGUGGCUCUAUAUGUCAGAUUGAAUUAAGUGCACCUUCAAUAUUUUAAUGAGAAAUCAGAAUUAAAUUAAAUUUGAAAGAGACAAGCAGAGGGCUCGGAGUCAAACCAAAGGCAGCAGAGAGACAGAGGAGGACCAGAGAGACAGGCAGAGAGAAAAGAAAACAUAUUAAAUGUUAAACCUUCAGAACUUUCACUGUUCAGUGAAAAAUUUAUUUUCAUUUUCAUUUUGAUGUCAGCUUCAUGUUUCUAAACAAUCUCGACAGGGUCAUGGUUUCCAUCAAGUUGCAUCACCUCUUUUUUUUACAACACUGCAGACACCCUUUAGAAUUCAGUUGAGCCGUUUCUGUCUUUCCUCAGUCAUAUUUUCAUAUUUUUAUGAUGGUUUGUACCUACAGGAUAUCAGUUGAAUUUUAUCUCUGAUUUGCUCUGGAAAACUAAAAACUGUGGUUUUAUUUUCUUCUUGCAUCAAGCAACAAUGAAGUGGUCAUGUGACAUGUUCCACUUGCUUGACAUUCUUUGUCCUGCAGUGUGACUUUUGCAGCCAGACACUGAAUUUACAUCGGUUAGGCAAAGUCUUAUUUAGCUCAAGUAAAUACCGUUUGUAUUUUCCCUAAAACUGUUUUACAGUAUUUGGUUUUGUCGUGUUUGUUUCCACAGUGUCUGAAGAAGUUCAGAAUCAUGUCAGUGGAGGUGAAAAAGACACUCUUCCAGCCUCACCGCUGCAUAAAAAGCCCAACAACAAUGUGAAAAAAGCCUCUUACUGCUGCGGGCUGUGUGGAAGAGACUGUCACAAGAUGUCUGCGCUUCAGAUCCACAUGAGGAUUCACUCGGGAGAGAAACCUUACCAAUGCACUGUAUGUGGGAAGCAGUUCACACAGAAAGGUCAGCUCAAAGGCCACCAGAAAGUCCACACAGGAGAGAAACCGUUCUCCUGCCCUGAAUGUGGGAAGAGCUUCGCCCACUCAGGAGCCAUGAACAGACACCGGCUCACACACACAGGGGAGAGGCCGUACCACUGCUCUGUGUGCGACAGGAGCUUCAACCAGUCCGGACGCUUAAGGGAACACGAAAAAAUCCACUAUGGGGAGAAGUUUGACUGUCCUGAGUGUGAAAAGAGUUUCACGCGAGCUUCAAGCCUCAAGAACCACUUCAGGCUGCACACGGGAGAGAGGCCGUACGGCUGCGACAUCUGCGGGAGAGGCUUCAGCCGCUCCCAGAGCCUGAGGCUCCACAGACGUAAACAUGAGGUGAUUCAGACUGAAGAGCAGUCCGCUCUCAGUGUUAGGAACGAAGAUUUAUCACAGAGCGACGAUAACUCACCGAUUAAUAUGUGUAUAAGUGACAGAAAUGACCCAUAAUGUAUUUAUAUUAACCAUGAAGAUAUGUACCAGUAGUAGUAUUUUAAUACAAGUUUAAAGACAGUAAACCAGUGGGGAAGAGGAAAAAGGGACUACCUCUGUCAAUAGACCAGAUGAACCCUCACGUGGUGCUCAUUAAAAAGGGUUAAAACUGAAAUAUUUGACUCCCAGAAGGCUGCAGAAAAAUGAACAAACAGACAGUGUCUGAGACAAAACGACCAAACGAACAUUUACUACAAACACAACUUCUGUCAAAUCCGGGAAAGUGUCCAGGUGAUCAUAUUUAUUCUCAUUUAUUACUACAUUAGUUGAAUCAUGCUCACGUUAAUAUUUAUGGUAGAAUAAAUGACCCGUUUGAGGCUUGUGAUUUCACUUUCUCAUCAGUAUUCCUCAUUCAGACCAAUCAUGUGUGGAAAUCAAGUUUGAUUUUCUAUCUGAGGUUUUAAUGACCAAGGUGCAAUUUCUAAAUCAGGCGAAAGUGAAAUGAAACGACAGAAUCUAGACACAGAUGAAGAGCAGUGGGGUCAUGGUGUUCAUCAGUUAUUUUUUUGCCUAAACCAUUUUGCCUUAGUGGUGAGUAGUGUGUGUGUCUUAUCUCUGUUUUGUGUAGCAGUUUUUAAAUAACCAAAUCAAAAAUCAGGCUCUCCUGGUUCGUAAGACUCUGAGAAGUUUGAGGUCUGUGGUGAAGAAAGGAAACAGACUCCUGAGGCUGGGAUGCAACAUGCAUUUAUGUGUAUGUAGAAGGUUAGUUUGGCCUAGCACUGCCUCUGUUUAAUUGUAUGGGACGUGUUAUACUGAACAAUAAAAGUGAAAGUACUAAAGAA